GAAUACAUCCAGAUGUCCGGUCGCGCCGGUCGCCGAGGCCUGGAUGCCACAGGCACAGUUAUCAUCAUGUGCAGGAGCAAUGUCCCUGAGCUGCCCGACCUGCACCGCAUGAUGCUGGGCCGCCCCACACAGCUGCAGUCCCGGUUCCGUCUCACCUAUCCCAUGAUCCUGAACCUGCUGCGGGCUCAGGAGCUGCGGAUCCAGGACCUGCUCCGCAGGAGCUACGCGGAGUUCCCAGUGCGCCGGGAGCAGGAGGCCCAGGCUCGCCGCGUGACCCAGCUCCAGGGGUCACUGUCAGCCCUACCGGAGCCGGAUCCCAGCAGUGACAUCAGCAGUUACCAUGAGGCUGUCGCAGCUCUGAGGAGGGACCGGAAGGAGCUGAUGCGGCGCCUGGCAGAGUCAGUGUCAGGGCUGCGGGUGCUGGUGCCUGGCCGGGUACUGGUGGUGAACAAUGGGAGGCACCGGAACGCACUGGGGCUCAUCCUGCAGGUGACCCCCAGCCCCACAGGCCGCAUCUUCACCACCCUGGUGCUCACUGAGAAGCCCCCCGAGGGGGGGGGGGGGAGCCCCCAGCCCCCCCCAGUGCCCCCCUCCCUGAGGAGCUGCUGCUCACCCGCCUCUUCCUGCCCGAUGGUCCCUGUGGCCACGCGUUGGAGCAGCUCCAGGCUGAGGAUAUUGGGGGGGUCACGACCAAGACCCUGAAGGUGAACCCCGAAACUCUGCUCCAGGAGCUGAAGCCCAGACACCAGCACAGGGACAGCCCUGCCUUGUCAGCCGCCCUCCAGUCCCUGCUCCGCCUGGCGGGGGGGGACUCCCCCCCCCCCCUCCUGGAUCCCAUUGGGACCCUCCGUGAUCCCGAAUCCCUGGAAGCAGCCGCACGGAUCCGGGAGCUCAGCACCAGAAUGGGAACCUUCCAAUGCAUCCAUAGGCCCCGAUUCCAGCAGGAGUAUGACCAGUUUGGGACGCGCCAGGCCCUGCAGGAGGAACUGGAGCAGCUCCAGUUCCAGCUCUCGGACCAGUCCCUGAUGCUCCUGCCCGAGUACCAGCAGCGCCUGGAGGUGCUCCGCCGCCUGCAGUACGUGUCCCCAUCGGGUGCAGUGUCGCU